AUGGAGCUAUAAUCAAUUCUCUUGGAGAGUGAACCAUAAUGUUCUGGACGUGUUAUGAGGAUAAUGUUAGGUAUUCUAUUCAUCUUACCUAGGCGGCGCAGAAAAAAUAUAUAAUGGUAUUUUAAUUAAUACUGUAAUAAGACUGAUGGUAUUUUAUCUAAUGAAGAGGAAUGCGACGAUGGAGAUGUAACUCAUUCAGGAGGAAUUGUUACGUUAAACCUGGCUGGACUUGCAUUUAAUAAAGCAGUAAUGGCAUCUAAAGAUGCAUUAAGAGUUGUACUUAUUAUGGAGCAACAUUUAGCUUUUUUCUCAGCAGUGACAGAUGAAUAUUUUUCUAAGUUUAAAACAAUCAAGUAUUACUAUAAUACCUCUAUUACAACAGAAAUUCCAAUUAUUUAACAUUCAACUGAUACUACCAUACAGACUUAAACUACAACACAGUUUGCAACUCCAAUGCCAUCGGACAGUUCCACAUCUCCUAGUAAUACCUAUACAACAAUUAGAGAUACCACAACUUCUGCACCACUUGAAAAUGAUAUAGUCUGUGGAAACGGUAUUCUUGAGUUUGGGGAAGAAUGCGAUGUCUUAAAUGAACCUUAUGGAAUAAAGCCUGGGGUAGUGCAUUUUGGACCAUUUGGAUAAUCUCCCCAGCCUUUCUCGACUGAUUGCAAAAAUAAUUCCCAUCCCUCUUUGUGCCUUGAUCAAAACAACAAUAACAGUGAUGGGUAUAAACUAAUGAAUUAAUAUACUUUAGAUGCUCCAGUGAAUGCCAUGUUGAGGAGAAAUUCAGCUGCUUUACAGAUAAUAUUGGAAAUUUAAGAUUUUACUGUAUUUAGAAAAUAGACUAUCAGUAAUACCAAAAAUUUGAUCCUCCUACUCCAACAACCAUUUACUAUGGAAAUAGCUUUUGUAAAGAGAAGAAUGGUAUUGUGGAAAAAGGAGAAAGAUGUGACAAUGGUUUGGCCUAUCAAAUGGGGUAUUCAAAAUUAUUUUAAACUUUUGAUAGAUGCGAUGAUAACUGCAAGGUUAGACCCGGAUGGUCAUGUGUUUCAUAAGACGGCCAAAAAUCUCAUUGCUACAAGUCCUGCAUUUAUAUGGGUACUGAAUGUUUAGACAGGAAUCAUAAAGACGGAGAUGGGUAAAGAUUUUAAUAUCAAUUUUUAUAGUUGCUCUAAGGAUUGCCAAGUUGAAUGGGGCUACAGCAUCGAGAUUCAUAAGAUUUAGGGCUCAGAGUUCAAUAUGACUAUACACUACGAUGCUGCUUUGCACUAUGAAACAUAACCUCCUCCAUCUACUACUUUGACAACUUAAAAACCAUAGACAACAACCUAUGGUCCAGGAACUUAAACAACAGAGACAACAUUCCAAACAAUAAAGCCAACAGUAAAUUUGAUUUCAUUUACAAGAUAUAUUUUAGCAGACUGA